UCACUUGAUUAGCCACAAGGUGUUGUUGUGUCUGCAGAAUAGAUUUUGCUCGACGUCCUCUGCUCUGUCUCUUCUCAGGUUAUACCUGUGCACUGCAGAUUGACAUGCUGUAUCAGGGCUAAAUGUUUCUUUGAUAGCUGGAUCUGUUUUCAAUCCAAGGUCUUCGGCAGAGAUACUAAGCGUUUCCCAGCAUCCCAGGCACAUUCCUGGGCGAGGUGAAGAACAGAGAGAUGGCGGUGCAUGCGGACAUCCACCUCCAGACCCCCAACCAAAAGCACGGAGCCGCUCACCAGAAUUGUAUGAUGCCCCUACGUAUGAGCGCGGCGCAAUGGAAUCAGACUCUUUUGAUAAUGAUCCAUUCUCUGGGCCAGGGCCGUCCAAGCCUGCCCAGGGGGGUUGAAUUCAAAGUGAAAUCGCUACAGCCGACAUCAUUGAACACCCUUCUACUUGUCUUUUUGCUCCUGUCUGAGGCGUACUGAGUGAAUCAUGGCCACGCAAGAACCAUCCCCUCCAUCGUCCAUGGAGAGCAACAAACCCGGCUUCCCCAAGAAGAUCCUGGCCAAUAAGCUGGAGGAUAAGCACCUGUGUAACUGCUGUCACAACCUGUUGCGGAGGCCCUUCCAAGCCCAGUGUGGACACCGCUUCUGUUCCUACUGCUUCAAUAUGACUGUCAGAGAUGGACCUCAGAAAUGCAAUGCUUGUAUCAAAGAGGACAUUUUUGAAGAGCCCACAUCAAUUCUAAAACAAGGCUGUGCUUUUCCUGACAACGCAGCUCGAAGAGAGGUCGAAAACCUCUCUGCUGUCUGUCUCAACGAAGGUUGCACUUGGAAAGGCAAUAUUAAAGAAUACGAGUUGAGCCACGAAGAGAAGUGUGAGUACAUGAUCAUCCCCUGCCCUUCCUGUAAAGAGCGGAUCCGCUUCAACGAACAGGAACGCCACAACGAGCGAGAGUGCCCUGAGAGAACCCUCAACUGCAAGUACUGCAAGGAACCAUUUCAUUUCAAAAACAUCAAGGCCCACGACGAGAUCUGCCCCAAGUACCCCAUGAUCUGUGAAGGCUGUGCCAAGAAGAAAAUCCCCAGGGAGAAGUAUGUGGACCACAUUAAGUUCUGCAGCAAAUUCAGAACACCAUGCAGAUUCCAUGUUGUUGGGUGUGAUAUGUCAGUGGAGAAGGAGAGGAUCCACGACCACGAGAGGGCCUGCGCAUACGAGCAUCUCAACCUGCUGCUACACUACAUUAUGGGCAUGAAGGUGAGCAUGGAGGGCCUGCAGCCCCAGGGACUGGAGCUAGCCGGACACAAGCUCCUGGACCUCCACCGUUCCCUCAGGGAGCUGGAGAUCCGUGUCUCCCAGCUCAGCACCACCUCGAUCGGGCCUCCCGUGCAGGGGGCCACCUCCUCCUCUUCCUCCUCCUUAGGUCUCCCCGGGCCUCCUACCCCGGCUCUUCCUCUGCCUCCACCUCCCGCCCCAGUCCCAACCCUGACCGUGUCCACCUCCUUCACCCCCCUGCCUAGCUCGGUGGGGGCGGCCCUGGAGCUGCAGCUCCACAGUGAGAAGACCAAGGUGGCGGAGCUGGGACGCAGGUGCACUGACCUGGAGGUGAAGGUGGGGACGUUUGAGAACGUGGUGUGUGUGUUGAACCGAGAGGUAGAACGCUUCACCACCACCAUGGAGGCAGGUAACAGACAGCAUCGCCUGGACCAGGAUAAGAUUGAGGCCCUGAGCAACAAGGUGCGGCAGCUGGAGAGGACGGUGGGGCUGAAGGACCUGACGGUAGCGGAGAUGGAGGGCAGGCUGAGAGAGAUGUCGGCCACCACAUUCGACGGCGUCUUCGUCUGGAGGAUCUCUGACUUCACCAAGAAGAGACAGGACGCCAUUGCUGGCCGAGCCCCCGCCAUGUUCUCACCAGCCUUCUACACCAGUAAAUACGGCUAUAAGAUGUGUCUGCGGAUCUACCUGAAUGGGGACGGGACAGGGCGUGGCAGUCACCUGUCUCUUUUCUUUGUGGUGAUGAGAGGACUGAGUGAUGCUCUGCUGAAAUGGCCCUUCAACCAGAAGGUGACUCUGAUGCUGCUGGACCAGAGUAGCAGGGAGCACAUCAUCGACGCCUUCCGGCCUGACAUCACUUCCUCCUCCUUCCAGAGGCCUGUGAGCGAGAUGAACAUCGCCAGCGGCUGCCCGCUGUUCUGCCCGCUCUCAAAGCUUGACGCCAAGAACUCCUACAUCCGCGACGACAUAAUCUUCAUCAAGGCCAUUGUGGAUCUCACAGGCCUUUAGAUGCACCCUUUGAAGUAGAAGUGCGAGGCAACUAAGCAGCAUUGUGGCAAUUCAGGCUCCGUUUUGGCUGCUGUUGGUCACCAUUUCGGCUCCAUUUGGGAUCCAUUCUGGCCUAUUUCAGUCCCCUCCAGUAGUAGGGAGACUGACAUGCUUGCUACUGUGUGCUGCAUGCGGCUCCAGUUUGCCCAGCUCAGGAGGCCCUUGCACUGUUGUACAAGGCGGUCCUUUGCAGAGUAAUUCUGUUGUAGCUCUACAUAUUGGUUCCUCAUGGUGCUUGAACCCCACUUUAGCUCUGUAUUAUUUGAAUCCCUGGAAAAGGCAACUGAACAAACAAGUAACUCCAGAAUAUAGUCCCAAUAUUGAGUAGGACAGAACCUGUGGUAUUGAAAUAGGGAUAUGUGGCAGUUGGAGGGCAUCUUUUUCUCUCUUUGUUUUUCAUAAGACCUUGGAGUGAGUGAAUUGUAGCCUUUAGAGGAUAGUAAAAAGAGGGAUAUGAACCUUUUCCCUGUCUGUAUAGAACUGACCCACUGCUUAUCGUAGAAGUAGAGCUUGGCUUGGUGUAGCAGGGUAUUAACAUUUUUUUCUUGUUUCCGAUCUCAACGCGAGUGAUUUUGAUUGUGGAUAUCGUGAGCUUCUCAAUGCCAUUGUUGAGUACAUUUGCAUAGACAAACGUGGAGUUAUGUUAUGAAUAAGAAUAUGGGCAUUUGUUUGCCUUUUUUGCGCAAAUUGCAUGCCUGCUAUCUUUUAUUGGCCUGUUCAUGUUGAAGUGCUCUCUCUCCUUUCAUUGAGUUGCUGGAGGGCUCUUCCUUGUUAGUUGUUACACUUGUUAGUGAGUUAAACCACCUGUGAUGGUGGACAUUGCCUGCAUGUCUUGUAUCCAGGCAUAUAUUUUUUACAUAUACUUAGUGUUGCGUUUCUUGUUUCUCUAGGGGUCGAGGGUUACGGGAUUGGUGGUUCGGUACAUCUGUGGAAGAUACAGUGGAGUUAUCAGGGUGUUAUAAGGCAGCUUGCCAAUCAAAGCCUGAGGCAUACGACAAGUGUAUUUCUGUCACUGGUAAAUACACCAACCUGGAAGAGCUUUCCCCCCAGGAUAUGCUCCGUACAGUAGCUCACAUCUCAACACAUAGUACUGUGCCCCACCACAGAUGGAGGUUAAUACAGGUUCAAUGAACUGAAGGAAUGGUGUGUUCCUUGUUUUCUGUCCAUAUUACAGUACGGUACAUUUGUAUGUAGUUUUGCUGCUCUCUCAGCUUUGUUUCCGGUGUAAAACAAAUGUGUGGCGAUCGAUGCGAAUUUUAGCAUAGACAGUUGAGCGUUAGUUGAAGAGGUUAAAGUGGAAGGAUAAUGAGGGAUGUAGCCUCGAAGUGAAAACAAGUGAAUGUGAUGGUAUAAUUUUCCAUUGGACCAUAGUGGUUGAAAAUCAUUAAUUGAUGUUUGAUGUAACUCUACAUAAAUCCCAUUAACCUGUGGGUGACAGUGAAAUCCUCUUAGCCUAGGUGGUGUUAUUAUUCAUGAAGCCCCACAAAUGACGCUGACCAAAAUGCUAAAUCAGAGGAAAUCCUUUAGAUCUGAAUGUAUCUGUAGGUUCUAUGCAUGUCCACCAGGGGGUGCUGAUUUACCUCAAUAGUCUUCCCCCUCUGGACUUGCGUCAGGGUUUUCACAGGCCUGUUUUGAAACCAGUCUUGACCUGUGUUGAAACCUCUCUGUGCAUGGGAGGGUUCAAUUCAUAUUCAGUAUCGCAGUUCGUUAUUGUCUUACCUCGUAGACCAAUGGCGAACGCAUUGAUUUGCAUUCGUUUGGAGGAGUAUAAAUAAAGAUAGCGUUAUUAUUAUGUCAUAUCUCUCACUGCUUCUGUAUAACACAAGCAGAUGCCUAUAUAUAUUCAUAAGAAUUUAUACAUAUAAUAUCAUAAUGUUGAGCAAUUCAAUAUAUUGAUGUUACUAUACACAUAUUGUUAUUAAUAAACAUAGUAUUGUUGAAUAUAUUAUUAAUGAUAUCUAUAUAUCUACUUUUUGUUUUUAUGAGAUGGUUUAAGACAGGUCUGGAAUCCCCCUUAAAGUAACAUAUAUUGGUUGAAUUGCCAUAUUAUGGUGCAACAACAAAAGCUCUGCCACAUAAUACCAACCAUGUCACCCUAUUCUUCUGGGUUAACUAGGCGGGGAAAAAAACACAAUAUUUACAUUCCUCAAAAUGACCCUUUAAAGGUUCUUGCAGUAAUUCUGUGUAAUUUAACUCUGUUUCUCAAUCUUUUAUAUGCCACUGGGACCAGAAAACAAUGGACCCUCUUGUACCAAGAACUGACAAGCUGCUAUGGUCCUUGAAAGCACUUCUGGCUACGUUGUUGUCAGCUAACAAUCUGAGGGACCAGUCAGCAGCAUCCCAGAGACCAGUGCCGGUCCUCGGACCAGAGGUUGAGGACCACUGAUAUAAUUUUCCUCUGAGAAAGGGUGCUUUGGUUGUUAAAUGGGUAGUAUUUGGCCUCAGUCAGUGAAUACGGUGUUGUUUGGUCCUCUGAUGGUUAUAGACAGGGUUUGGUUCUGCGGGAGUAGAUUCUGACCAUGUUCAUUAUAGGAAUAAUCGUUUCUGCAGCUUUUUAGCUUCAAACAGGGGAAGUUGAUCAGUAAGUAUAGUGCACAUAACGAUCAGUCCUUUACAUAAAUACUUAUUCUUGUGCUGUGCCAAAAUGCUAUAUUACCUCCAUAUUAUUACAAACGUUGUAUUGUAAGUUGUACUUGUAUUCUAUGCUCAAAUAUGGUGCCAAAUAUGCUUGGAGAAUAAUGUGUAUUUAAGGUUUAUGGUUUGUAUUCUUGUUUCAUUCCAGUAUAAUGCAUGGGUCACUUUUGGAACCAGAUAGAUUGAUGGAGACGUCAAUUUAGUAUGUUAAGCAAAAUAUCUCCUUACAGUACAAUCAUAUAUCUUUCUAUAGGUGUCUGAAUGUUAAGCCUUAAUGCAUUGGUCCUCUCCACUGUUUCUGUGAGAGGAAAACAGUUCGGCAGUUCCCUUUUAACAGUUGUUGAUGCAGCUGAAUUGAAUUAACUUUAAUUGUGCACUAUGUAUUAUUUAAAGGUAUCCACAGGGUACAACUUUGUUCUGUGAUUGGUAAACUGUGAAGUCAGAUCUAUAUACAUUCUAAUGUGUUCAUUGAUGUUCUCUAUAUACGCUAUAAAGGCUCUUACAGAACAUGCAGUAUGCAAUAAAUUUGUCUUUGGA